GGCAUUUUGGAUUUGCAUCAUCAAACUUGGGCUUUGUUACUGUUAGAGACCCUUGAGCGGAGUAAAGUAACUCCUCCUCGGAACCAGAAUCAGAGGGAAACAAAAUGGAGGAGAUGCAACAACUUCUCAGCAUGGGCUUCCCGGAGGAGUUAGCCGCUCAAGCUCUAGCUGCCACCGGCGGCAAGUCCACUGUCAAAGCCACCGAAUGGAUCCUCACUCACCACAAAUCCAACAACAACAACAACAACCCUUCACCACCACCACCCUCUUCCUCCUCCUCCUCCUCCUUUCAGCCCAAACUCGACCAUUUCUUCCAUUCCCAUUCCCAAUCACAACCCACCCCCGACCCACAACCAGAACAACCAACCAAACGCCUCAAGCUAUCAGUAUCACCUUCCCAACCCCAACCCCAACCCCAACCCCAACCCAAGCCUUCCUUCUUCUUCAAGCCUCCGAACCACCACAAACCCACCACCCACAUUCACGAACCCUUAUACGAACGCUUGCGUCCCCGAACCUUAGACGAAGUGGUGGGUCAGGACCAUCUCCUCGCACCCACUUCCCUUCUCCGUUCCGCAACCCAACGCAACCGCUUACCUUCCAUUCUCCUAUGGGGUCCCCCCGGCACCGGUAAGACCACUAUCGCCAGAGCUAUUGUCAAUUCAACUGCUUCCCCUAAUUGCUAUCGCUUUGUCUCCUUAUCUGCUGUUACUAGCGGCGUCAAAGAUGUCAGGGACGCUGUUGAUGAAGCCAGAAAACUCAGGCUCAAAAACCAUAACCAAAACCAAACUACUGUUCUCUUCGUCGAUGAGGUUCACAGGUUCAACAAGUCUCAGCAGGACUCUUUCUUACCCGUCAUUGAAGAUGGCAGCAUUGUCUUCGUUGGUGCCACCACUGAGAAUCCUUCUUUCCAUUUGAUCACGCCUCUGUUGUCUCGGUGCCGCGUCCUUACAUUAAACCCUCUUAAACCCCACCACCUUGCUCUGCUUCUCAGCAGGGCUGUCAAUGAUACUGAUAAAGGGUUGGUGAAAAGCCUCGGAUUUGAAGCUAAUGUGAGUGUGGGCGAGGAUGCGGUUAGUUUUAUAGGAAACAACUGUGAUGGGGAUGCCCGGGUGGCCUUGAAUGUCUUGGAGAUUGCUGCAGUUACAGCGGCUGCACGAGCACAGCAAUGUAAACAGAAGGAGGAAGAAGAAGGGGUGGAGGAGCUUCAGACAAGUGAGGAAAACAAGGUUGUUGUUGUUGAGGUUACCGUUGAUGAUGCAAAGGAGGCGCUUCAAUGCAAGCACCUUGCUUAUGAUAAGGCAGGGGAAGAGCACUAUAAUCUGAUCAGCGCGCUGCACAAGUCUAUGAGGGGAGGUGAUGCAAAUGCGGCGAUUUACUGGUUAGCGAGAAUGUUGCAAGGGGGUGAAGAGCCUCUUUACAUUGCACGCAGGCUCAUUAGGUUUGCAAGUGAGGAUGUUGGUUUGGCCGAUCCAUUGGCUCUUAAUCAGGCUGUUUCCUGCUACCAAGCUUGCCACUUUAUAGGAAUGCCAGAGUGCAAUGUGAUCCUUGCACAGUGUGUUGCUUACUUGGCCUUGGCACCGAAAUCCAUCGCAGUUUAUCGAGCAAUCGGAGCAGCUCAGAAUGUAGUGAAGGAAUCAGUUGGACAGAAUGAGGGGGUGCCUCUUCAUCUCAGGAAUGCACCCACCAAAUUGAUGAAGGAUAUUGGGUAUGGGAAGGGAUACAUAUACACUCCUGAUAACCCCUCCGCAACGCAGAGCUAUUUACCACCCUCGCUUCAAGGUUACAAGUUCCUCGACUGGCCUGACAGGAAACCCUCUGAUAGGUAAAAAUGCUCUAUCAAGAUUAGUGUGUAUGCCAUUUUGUUCUUUGGCUUUUUUGGGAGAAAGGUAGGGGCACAGACAGUUUUCAUGUGCCAAUUUUGUUUUGUUUAACUAGGACUCAUGGAAUUUUUGUUUGAUGGUUGAUGGAAUGAGUACACUACAAUUAAAUGGAUGUAAGAAAUUAUAGCUGCUCAAUCAGCUCAGAACAAA